UAGAUGCUAAUGCCGCAAAUGUUGUUCUCACGUUUUCCAAUGGGAGAUGGAAGCGUAUGAUGUCAGCUAGCUAACGGGGCUACGGCUAACUUUACCCAGUGUCGCCUCCUUAUCUGGUACACUUGCUUUGUAUGUUCUCUAACAGUAGUUUAACAUAACGGCCCGCCUGUCGCCCGGUUCGAGUGUGUGGGCGACGGUGAGUGUCGGGGGGCAGAAGGAAGGAUGAACGCGUCGCUCUCUAAAGGCAGUCUGCUGGACGGUGUUUUCCAGGAGGGCUUCAACGAGCAGCAGCUAUCAGCCUAUGUGUUGUGGGUGAACAGCCAGUUGAAGAAGCGACCAGGCCAGAAGCCCAUCACAGACCUCAGAGUAGACCUGCAGGAUGGAGUGGUGCUGUCACACCUAGUGGAGAUAGUGGCGGGGGAGGUGCUGGAGGGGGUAUAUGAGGCUCCUCGGGACCGGGAGGAGAGCAGGGAGAACGUGGAGCGAAUCCCGUCUUCUCAGCUAAAUAUAGUAGAAGGUGAUCUGAAGUCAGUGAUGAGGUUGAUUCUGGCUCUGGCCGCCCACUUCAAACCAUCAACCAAUCAGAGAGCAGUGUCCAGGGGUGGGCGGAGCAUGGCGGGGGCCGCAGCCAACCACAGGCCACUCUCCACAGUUGCCAUGGCGCAGAGCGCGGCAGCAGCAUUGGCAGCCGCACGACACGAUGCAGAGAGGCGCACACUUUCACAGGGGUAUGAUGUGUAUAAUGUCCCUCCAGGGGUUGGGGUAUGA